AUUUCUGUUACCCAAGGUCAGAACAGGACUCAGUGGAGGACAAAGGAUUUAACUCAAAAUCCCUCUUGAUGAGAAUAGAUCCUGCCAUAGGUUUGAGCCUGCCCAGGCAUAUUUUGAAAACGGUAGUUCUGGGCCAGAUGCUAUCCUUGUUUAUCUGUGGGACUGCAGUUACAAGCCAGUACCUAGCAGAACAGUACCAAGUGAAUACUCCAAUGUUUCAAAGUUUUAUCAACUAUUCUUUGCUUCUUCUAGUUUAUACAACAAUGCUGGCAUUUAGGACUGGCAGUGACAGUCUUUGGCAAAUUUUAAAACAGAGGUGGUGGAAGUAUAUUUUUUUGGGACUGGCCGAUGUUGAAGCCAAUUACACGAUUGUAAAAGCCUACCAAUACACGACCCUCACAAGUGUGCAGCUGCUGGACUGUUUCGGGAUUCCUGUGCUGAUGGCUUUGUCGUGGUUCAUUCUCCGUGCAAGAUACAGGCUGAUCCAUUUUAUUGCUGUUGCUGUCUGUUUGCUGGGUGUAGGAACAAUGGUGGGUGCAGAUAUUUUGGCAGGAAGGCAGGACAGCGAAGGUAGUGACGUGGUGAUUGGAGAUGUCUUAGUGCUUCUUGGUGCUUCUUUGUAUGCCAUUUCUAAUGUGAGUGAGGAAUACAUUGUGAAAAAUCUGAGCAGAGUGGAGUUUCUAGGAAUGGUGGGCUUGUUUGGGACUAUUAUCAGCGGUCUACAGCUAGCCAUUGUGGAACAUAGGGAGAUAAUGAGAAUUCAAUGGAACUGGAAAAUUGUGUUACUGUUUACAGUCUUUGCCCUGUGUAUGUUUGGGCUGUAUAGCUUCAUGCCAGUAGUGAUUAAAGUUACCAGCGCAACCUCGGUCAACCUGGGUAUUCUGACUGCGGAUCUCUACAGUCUGUUCUUUGGGCUUUUCCUCUUUUUCUAUAAGUUUUCAGGUCUUUAUAUCCUGUCCUUUGUUAUCAUCAUGGUGGGCUUCAUCUUGUAUUGUUCCACUCCAACUCGGACAGCAGAACCCACCGCUUUGCCACAGCCAAGCAGCACUGGCUUGGACAAUGCUGCGCUGAAACUUGAGGAGAACGACAGUGGAACUCCGGCCGUAACUGUACAGGUCACAGGAGAAGAAACUGUGGUGGUCAGCACUGAUUAAAAAAUUGGCAGCAUUUCAAAACAGAGCUUUUUUUUUUUUUUUAACUGCCAAAUUUCCCUCAAAUAUUAAUCUGGAGAAUUGUUCUACUGCCAAGGUAUAUG